AAAGAGCGCGGCGGAGCUCACACUGCUGGCUUUUUUUUUUAUACUCGACAGGUCGAUUCUUCGUUUCGGUGAUUCCAAGUUGAAUUUAAAACCCUAUAUAGCUCUCAGAAAUCUGUAUUCAAAAAGCGAUCGCCCCUUCGGUCCAUUUCGAUGCGUAUACUAUAUACUUAUUGUUAUUGCAGCCUUCGAAUUCGUAUGAUGGAAUUAUUUUCCUUAACUGGGAAAUUCUUUGCGUUCCUUAGCAAAUUUUAAAUCGAUUCGAGUGUCGUUAGUCGUUAUAUCUAUAAAAAAAUUAAAAAAAAAAAAAAAAAACGUAAUUCUUAUUAUAUGGGAUCGAAAAACACGAUUUUUUCAAAGAUCCGCGCAAUUCGUAAAACUCUAUUCGGCCCGUUGAAGAAACGUCUAUAUCGUCGAACGUAAAAUAGUACAUUCACGAGGUCCUUUGCCUUUUAUCGACCGGUGGGUCGUGCGAGACGAUGACGCGAGACUCCCGGUCACGAGAAAGAAAAGGGAGGAUACGAAAAAAAAAAAAAAAACACCUUUGUUGAAAAUCCAAGAGUUACAAACAAAAUUAUCGUCCUUACGAAAAUUGAAUUCAAUAUCGAAUUUUCUAUAACGGCCAAAUUUUUAUUAUAUAAUAUUAUUAUGCAGAUGAAAUAAAUUGUACGGUUUGUUUCUUUGUAAGGAACUAUAUUAAACGCGAUGACCGAUGGAAAAGGAUGUUUUUUGUUGUUGUAAAUGUGAACUCGCUAGAAAGAAAAUGAGAAGGGUGACGCCGGUGUGUGUACAAGAUAUCUGGGGAGCAACGGUAGAGCAUCUUUGCAAGCAAAAGGGAGGGGGGAGAAGGAUGGAGCGGAAAAAGGCUGAUAUUCCCCGACCUGCGUAAGCAAUGACGCACGCGGUCGAGAAUUUUUCUCUUUCAUUUUCGUUUCGUCGUCUUUUUAUAUUUCAAUACGUCCAUUAAAUUCUAAAACUAAAAAUAAUGUCGUGCGCACAAUUGGAAUGACAAUUUCAGCAAUCGCGUAAAUGCGUGUUCGUGUUCGCAUUCCUCGUAUUAAUAUAUAUACAUAAAUUCCCCUUAGCUCCCAUAGAAAUGUACAUGACGCGUGUGCGCGAUGAGCAUCAUGACGAUCGAAAGAGUCACGAAUUGAGAAAUAAAGAGGAUAUUGGCGGCGGCGGCGAUUUACACGGAGGAGGUGAAUUUUUGUUGGACAACAAAGAUGGAUACCGGAGGUGGUGGUGGAGGGCAAGGAAGUAAAAAACAAAUUCGCGUUGGUUUCUAUGACAUUGAAGGCACGAUCGGUAAAGGAAAUUUCGCGGUCGUUAAAUUGGCCAGACAUCGAAUAACUAAAACGGAGGUCGCGAUUAAGAUAAUCGACAAGACACAGUUGGAUUCGACGAAUUUGGAAAAGGUUUAUCGCGAGGUGGAAAUAAUGAAGCAAUUGGAACAUCCUCAUAUCAUUAAGUUGUAUCAAGUUAUGGAAACGAAAAAUAUGAUAUACAUGGUGUGCGAGUAUGCGAAUAAGGGGGAAAUAUUCGAUUACAUCGCCCGUUUCGGUCGGAUGGGUGAAUCGAGGGCGAAAUCAACGUUCGCCCAAAUAUUAUCGGCGGUUGAAUAUUGUCACGCUACCGGGAUCGCUCAUCGUGAUCUCAAAGCCGAAAAUCUGUUGCUCGAUUCUCAAAUGAACGUGAAAAUAGCCGAUUUCGGAUUUAGCAAUCGUUUCGUACCUGGAGAACGACUGAGCACGUGGUGCGGAAGCCCGCCUUACGCUGCACCCGAAGUCUUUCGCGGCAAACACUACGCUGGACCGGAAAUUGACGUUUGGAGCCUCGGUGUCGUCCUUUACGUCCUUGUCUGCGGGGCUUUGCCCUUUGAUGGUUCGACCCUUCAAUCGCUUCGCGACCGUGUACUCAGCGGUCGUUUUCGCAUUCCGUAUUUCAUGAGCACCGAUUGCGAAAGUUUGAUUCGUAAAAUGUUGGUCCUGGAGCCGGGUAAACGUUACACGAUUCCGCAAAUAAAGAGGCACCGCUGGAUGAUGGGUUCCGAAGAUGUUUUUUCUACAAUUGUACCAAACCCGCCCUCGGCCCUACAAGAACCGAACGAACAAAUACUCAGGCUCAUGCACAGUUUGGGAAUAGAUGUAACGCGCACCAAAGACUCGCUUAAGAAUAACAGCUACGAUCAUCAUGCCGCCAUUUACUUUUUAUUAUUGGAAAGACUGAAACAGCACCACCGAGGCGGCGGCGGCGGCGGCGGCGGCGGCGGCGGCAGCAGCAGCAGCGGCGGCGGCAGCGGAGCAAAUCUAACGACAAACAACGGUUGUUGGCCAGCAUCGGUGGGCAGAACGAAAGACGACAAAUUCAAAUCGAGAACUCGAGAAGAAAGUAGCGGUGGUGGUGCCGGAGGAGGACGAGGAGGCAAGCGGUUCAGUUCAACGAGUUCGUCGACGGACGAGGGUUGCUGCAGCGCCGAAGGUGAUUUCGAAGAAGGCCCGAGCGGGGACGAGUUGCGAGAGGCUCAAAUUAAAUUACAAGAGCACAGAUUGGGUCUGGAUCGAGAUAUAAGUCAACGAAUCGACAGUCAAAUCGUGAACCGUCGUUUGAGCGAUUAUCAACAGCAGCAGCAGCAGCAACAGCAGCAGCAACAGCAGCAGCAGCAGCAGCAGCAGCAGCAGCAGCAGCAGCAGCAGCAGUAUCAUUUUGACGGUCCAAUCGCAGAUCCGAUCGAUCCAUCGAGCAGAGCGAGUCUCUUCGGACGCGGAGGAGGCUGCGGAAGUUCAUCCUCGGAAUUGUUUGAAUCGAGCUUUGAUUCCGGAUGUCCUCCGGACUUGACGAUAACCGGAUGCUUUACGAGCAGUCUACCCUCGUGUACUCCUCCUCCGCCGAAAAGUCCAUCGCCGAUAGCUGCAAGAAUAUCACGCGCGAGUCAGGGCCGUCGCGCUUCGGACGGUGGCUCGAGACUGAUGUUUUGCCAGCAAACAAGCACCGGAGACAGACCGGAGAAGCAGCGAAGUAUUCAGGAUUCUGGGAAAGCGCGGGGACAUCUCGAUCUGGUUCAUAUACGGCCGAGCUCCGCGUCACCGAGUCAACAACAAUUCAAAAUCCGGAGCGACUCCGGGGGUAUGCAGCUUCAACUGAUGGUGCAACAGAGAAUGCUACAGCAAAAGAGAAAUCUUUAUCACAGACACAGAGGGGGCGGGAGCCCAACCCCGUUGCCGAAUGUCUCGAGCGGUGGAAGACGAACCGCCGGGGCCGGGAGCGAGGGGGACGGCCACGUGCCUCGUCAGGACAGCUAUAAAAUGGCCCAACGUACCCAAAUUUUGCCACCUCUGUCGGCGGGCAACGUCGACGCGGCGGCGGCGGCGGCGGCGGAUUUCGAGAGAGAUCGUGACCGCGACCGCGAUGAAGAAAGAUGGAAGAGUCUACCCUCGAGACUGGCAGCCGACUGCCAAUUGGCCGAAAGAACACUUCUGUGGAGUCAACAGGUUGGGCUGGGUGGUGGAGGGGCAUCGUAUCUGCCUCCUGGCAGCGUCGGUGGCUUCUUGUGGCCGAGCGGAAGUAGCCCCCAUCCGACCAUUUUCGAAAAUGCUGGAGACCCGAUGGAAUAAGCCAAAUGAUAUGCUGGAAACGUUGAACGCGGAGGGAGGAGGGGCUCCGCGUCGGUGCGCAACAUCGCGUUGCCGUGGUAUGCGAUACGUCGCAAAUAACACCGAAACUAUAUCGUAUCAUAAUCUUCGUCUUAUGAUUUAUUACUCGAGUUUAUCUUUUACGAGAUAGCUAGUCAACUUCGAUACGGGUCAAAACGAGUGCGUUUUUCGUGCAACACGUGCGUGAAAAGUAUGAGAAUAAUCGACGCCGUCGCCGUCGCCGCUGCCGCUGCCGCUGCCGCGCGGUACGACCUAAUAUAGAAGAAAUGUGGAUAAUCGCGUUUAUACGCGGCGUCGUGCAUAACUAUAUGAUGUAAGAUCGACGAGCAGCUCGUAUUUUUUAACUAAUCGAACGAAAAAUAAUGUAUGCAACGUCCAAACCGAUCGAAAAAUAAUAUAAAUUAUAUAAUAAUCGAGUAGGAUAAAUAAGCUCCUCUCGGAGGAUCAAGCGCCGUUCGAUGAUGAGGUAUAUAUACGCACUGAAAAAUGAAACAAACAUUUUCUACGGUUUUCUUUAUUUUGCCAUUUACCAUUUUUUAAAUGUUUUCCUCUAUAGAUUCCCAAAGGGCUAAUUCGUAGUUAUAUUUAUCUCGUAUUAUUCGUUAAAUCAGUACUCGAUGAGAAGGUGAGACGAUGAUCGUGAAUAUGGAUAUUGGAAAAUAAAUUGAAUCGUACAAUCCGAAAGCGAGGGGAGGAGAGCAGACAUGCAGCAACCGUUCCACGGAGACAUAUCGUACAACAAUUUUUCGAUACAUUUUUCUCACCAGAUUUUAUCCCCAAUUCUAUGUCCAAUUUGUCAAUUUUAUAUAAAAGAGCGCUCGCCCGUUAUGACGAAUUUUCGUUGGGACGCUCGUUGCGUUUAAUCGCGAUUCCCGACGAGCAGAGUGGCAAAAUAGGAAGAAUAGCGUAAAAAAUUUUAUAUUCGCUUUUCGGUCUUUUUAUAACGAGCGCGAACGGAGAAUUGACACCAUUGACGCUAAAAGAAAAAAGAAAAAGAAAUCAAUAACGUUCGAUAGAAACGGAGCUGUAUCCUCGCGACGAUCAAGAAAAAUUGGUAGAUGAUGGAUACAAUAAGAUAGAUAAAAAUAAUACAAAUAACAUUGGUAUUACCACCUUGCAACGUAAUCAAUUUUAUGAUAGACUGACAAUUGUAUAAGAAAAUUCGUGGCGCUAAUCUUUUCGGCAGGAAAGAUGGUAGGAGAAGAAAAAAAAUGACAAAUAAAAAAAAACCCAAUCGAAAUCACGCAAGAAUAAAUAUAUAUUAAGUUCAGAUACGAAGGACUAGCAGGGAUUUUGGCGGGUAGCUCACACUCAUUCGAUGCUCUUUUUUUUACACGACGGUCUAUAUAUAUAUAUUUAUAAGACUCGAACGAAUGGAAAAAAGGGAGAAAAGGGGACGGUGGUGACUAUAAAAAAAAUGCCAACGAUGCUGCACGGAAAGCGUUGAGCGGUGAUUGCGGGCGCGCGCAUCACCGAGAAGAAAAGAGGAGAGGCCAGAGCAUAUAUUUAUUUCACGAAAUACAAAUCCAUUGAACAAGUCGUAUUGUACUGCCAACUAUAUUAUUCAAUACAAAAAAGGUAUCCAUGCUCAAACACCGCGAAAAGAAAAUAGAUUGAUGCAUCGCGAAGAGACGAUCCAGGAGGGAUAUGUUUUUUUUUCUCUUUAAAUAUAGAAAAAGAUGAUGAUGAUAAUAAUGAGUAAAGGAGAAUUUAGAGAAAUGUAUAUCGUACGAAAAUAAUUAGUUUAUCGAUAAAGUUCAAUCGAGAUAGCUCAAAAUAACGACAGCGUGUAGAUGUGGAAAUUUUUUGUGCAUAGUAGCAAUUGAAAUUGUGAGUGUUGAGUACAGUGUGCCUCUCGUCAUACAUAUGAAUCAUUGUUGUUGUAAAUAACCCAAAAGCAGAAAAACAAGCACAAAUUACGUUUUUUUGUUUGUUUUUUGAAGGGACAUACGAAUGUGAUUUUUGAAAAGUUGACCUUUGCGCCAACGAUCGCUAUACCGCCGGACAGUUAGAAUAUAUAAAUAAAUAACAUAAUAUUGAAUCGGAUCCUUUUAUUAUGAGUAAAAGAAGGGUACAAAGCGUACGCAACGGAAACUUGUUGUUUUUUGUCGAUCGAUAAUUUGAGGAACAAACAUUUCAUAACGAAUAAACGAGCCAUCAAUUUCUACGUAAAAUAAAACUGUUUGAUCUAGGACGAAGGAGAAGAAAGGAGAAAUUAAUGAAACUUGGCUCAAAUGGAAAAUAAUACGUUUCGAAUGAGUAUUCGAGGAGCAAGAUUCUCUAAAAAUAAGCAAUCAUCGAGUGACGCAUAAACGAACGCACAAAAAAUAUGAAGGUGUUCGUUAUAAGGAUGGAAAUUCCAUUUCCAAAAGUCAAUAGAUGCAAAUAUAUUUCUGUGGGAUCUUAUUAUUUACUAUAAAAAUGAUAAUUAAGACAAAGACUUGUAUAAAAAAUGGGACAACAAUCAGGAGGAAAGUGAAAAAAAUUUGCAAGUUCAUCAUAUCAGAGUAUGUGAGAAUGCGACGCGGCCGUCUUGCGGCGCAACCAGCGGCGCGAGAGCUCAAUUUGAAAAAUCUUAUAAACUUUCCAAUGAUUUAGAGCGCAUUUAGAGAAUCGCUGUUUACGUUACAUCGCUCUUAUUUAAAAAAAAACCGUUCUUUAUUGUUAUUUAUUGAGAUAUGACCAGGAUGUAGAAACAGCAUCUCUCGCUGAAUCGCGAGCGUUGUUGUUAACAAAGCGAACAAUCGUUUCGAGCGUACAAGUAAGUACCUAAUAAUGAUUAUUCAAUUUGAGCAAAGAAUUAAAAUUCUAUAUUUUAUCGUUUAAAUUCAUUUGUUAUCGACAAUUUCAUAUCUUCCGAGUGUACAGCAGCCGAUUGUUCAUUCGCGACAAUGAAUUUUUUAUAUUUAAAUUAAAAAAAGUAAAUAUAUAAAAGGAAAGAAGGCGAAGGAGAAGAAGAAGGAGGAGACAAAACAAAGAUGGAAGAUUCGACAAGCAGCAAUAAUGUGGUAGAAAAAGUUGGAUGAACUUUGAAGCUUGCUGGGACAAAGGCGAUGAGAAUAAGUGUGCGACAUGAAUGAAAUAAAAUAAUAAAAUAAUGUGCGACGAAAAUUGUAACCCGCGCUCGAUGGAAGAAUAUUAAAGCAAGUAUUUGGUUUAGCAAAAAUAUAUAAUAAUGGCUUAGAAUCGGAAUAAAAAAAAUUUAUGGUAGAUUUUAUAUAUACAUAUGUCUAUAUAUUUCGCAUAGCGAUACAUAUAUAUAUUAUGUAUACGGAGGGGGAAUGCGUUGAGGAUGAAGAAUAUGUAAUAAAUAAGACGCGUCGUACGUACAACGAGGAAGCGGGAACGAAGCAAUUUUUCCUCGUUCACCAUCAUCGAAUCGCUAUUUGUUUAUUUCUCUCUCGAAUAUUCCGCGCGUAUCUUUGUGUAUUGUUUCAAAAACAACUGCGGGGGGGGACGUUUGUUGCAUGAGAACGAUCGAGCGAAAUAAAUGUUGAAAUUUGACAA